AUGGAGCGCAGACCGUCGUACGGCACAAUUGCCUCCUCGCGCGAACACCACUACCACUUGGACUGGCCGCCCGCAGGCCCCGACCCAUGCGCGCCCGGGCGGUUUUACGCGCGCGCGCGCCCGCGCUCGCUCGACUUGCCCGCGCGCCUUCCCUACGCAGCCGAGCCGCCGCGCGCCCGCGCCAACUUUCUCGCCCACAUUGUCGCCCACUUGUACAUCGCCGUGCGCAGCGGCGACGCCCAGGGCCUGCUUCUGGUGUCGGCGCGCGACUUGGCCGCCCUCAAGGAGUUUUCCGACGUGGACUUGGCCCUCGACACCACCUUGUUUGAGAUGGCCGACGAGAACAUCGCCUCGGAGUCCGACUCGGACGAGGACGCCGACGACGACGACGAAGACAACCCGAUCGACCUGGUGCAGCACCGCCGCCCGCCCCGCAGCGCGGCCGUUGUGGGCGUGCGCAUCUGGACCCACGAGCUUUUGGUGUGGCUCAAGAUGAAGUACGACAUGCCGGUUUUCUUGCGGGCCGCGUUGGCCCGCGUCUACUGGGCGCUCUGCUGCUGCCGCGGCCAGCGGCUUGCGCUCCGCCUCUAUGUGCGGGCGUUCGAGGCGCUCGCAGGCAAAACAGAGCUUUUGCGCGGCCGCUUGCAGCUUCCGUGGCGCCCGCUUGCGCGCGAGCUCUUGUGCCACUUGCCCGCGCCCGACCCGGCGCACGAGCCGCUCGAGCGCAAGGAAUUGGCGCUCUUGCUCCGCAUGGCUGAGCGCGCCCACUUCUACUUCGACCCACACGCGGCGCCCGAGCUUUUCGACCUCUUUGCCCUGCGCCUCUCCAUCCCAACGGCGCCCGUGGUUUUGUCCGCCUUGGCCAUGAUGCCCAUGACGUUUGGCGACCCUGAUGUGCGCCGCUUCAUUGCGCCAUAUUUCGUCAUCUGGAACAAGCUCAGCCGCAGCGACGACGUGGCGCCCCAUGUCACGGCCCGCCUUGGCACGAUAGCCAUGGCGUACUUGGACCACCUUGCAGAGAAAGGAAACACCCAGAAAGGAGAUGUGGAUGUGGCCGCGGCGCCGCUCCCGCCGUUUGGUGUCUUUUCGCUCGACCAGUUCCGUUUCCUCAUGAACUCGCUUGUCAGCUCGCUCAGCAUCAGCAGCGACAAGUACGCCUCGGUCAAGACGAAAUUCUUCCACGGCUACUCCAGCUGCAUUGUCUUUUCCUGCGGCGCCGCGGCCUGCGACCCAGACGGAAUCAUGGACCAGCUCGCCACGUUGCUCAACGCCAUCAAAAGUUACGUCCAUCCCUCCAACUCCGGCGAAUGGGCCCGGCCCAUCUCCCGGCUUGUGCGCAGCCUUGCUUAUCAGAUGCACAAGCGUUUCAAUAUGGAGCGCCAGCCAGACGGCACCUUGCACUCUCUUCCUGCGCAGCACAAGCUUCUGGACCGCCUCGUGGCCCGCUUUGUCUCUGCCUUGUUGCCUUUAGUCCGCACUGGUCUCCAGUCAAAACGUACCAGUGCCGCAGAAGACUAUUUAGCCACAUUAAAUCUCUUGUGUCAUCUUAAUGCAGAGGUUGCACUCGGUGGCAUCUUGCGGGACAUUUACGAAUCCUUGGAAGGCGUCAUCUCGACCCAUCGUGUGGUGGCCGCCUUGCGGUGUAUGGAAGAACUCACUCGGCACUUUGCCGUGACGCCCGUCUUUCGUGUGCAUUUGGUUCGUAUUUUCACGUUGGCAUUGCCUGGUAUCGACUCCAAUGACCUCAGCAAAACCAUCCACACCCUCAAUGCAUUUUCUGCUAUGGCUAACUUCGUGCCCAUUUGCGACUUGACCGACGGCAAUGGUGAUCCAAGUUUGGCCAUGGAACUUACAACACAGCACUUGGACUUUCUUCAUGCACAAGAGUACCUGAACAGGAGGAAUGAAAGUGAUCAAAAUAUGAAUGGAGGGGGGUAUGGAUCCUCCAAUGGUGCAUCCUCAGACAAAGAGUCACCAAUUUUCUCCGUCGAUCCUGCUCUCGAAGUCCAAGCUCUUGGAUCUUCCUCAAGUGCCUUCAAACUUUUGAUCAAAUCCUUCGGCGAACGUAUUUUUUCUCUCCUAGAAAACAUCCCUGAUCCAUCCAAAAGCAAUGGCAUUGAAAAGGAUCUCUGUGACUGUCUUCCAAAAUUUUUGUUCAUUCUCAUCGAGGCAAUGUCCGAUGAUAUUUUCAAAAGCUUUCGUGACCAGGUGGUUCGUUUUGUUCUUGACAACGCCAUCCAUCUGGUAGCUGACGUUAUUGGUGAGAUCUGUGGUGGAAUCAUCAAGCGUGAUCCCAAAUUCUUCAUGGAAUUGGGCCCGAUCUUGAUUGAUCGCGUAUACGAAGACAUUAAGGAGAACGGUGCUGGUCGGGCCCGGACGGGAGUCGACAUUGCACCGCUUGACCAAAAUCUUUUCUGGAACCUUAUGGUGAUCAAUGAAUGUGUGGGUAAUGCUGGAGAGUACAUUGUGAAGAUGCAAAAGCAAUUGGUGGAAUUGUCCUUUUUCUUGAUGCAGAACAUCCGGGGCUCCACUAUUUUUUCUAGCACGUAUCUUCUUAAUCAAAUGCUUCAGGGCACAACGAAAAUUCGCUUGAAGGAAACCCGUUUGAUCAGUCCGCAGUAUUUGAAAGAAAAGCCUAUGGACGCAUCCUGCUGGGGAGGCUUUCUGUCUGAUCCCUAUAGGUUUUCGGAUGAGAAUCUUACCUUUGAGUGGUUUAUCCCAGGCGAGGCUGAGGUGCAAUUUGCCGUUUCCACCUUCAACCGCCAUGUUUCCCAGGCACUUUCAAAUAUUCUGGGUGUCAUGAAAAACAUUGUGAGCCGCAAAGACAAGGACAAUAUUUCUCUCGAACAAUCUGAUGAGCUUCGUGGCUACCUAUUAUACUUAGCUUACGGAAUUAGUGGCAUUUCGUAUUUGCUUGAUCCGUCUUUUGACGAGGAUAUCCCAAAGUUGAGCGGCCAGGGACCAGAGUCGAUUCAAAACAGACUCAAACUUUUGGCCCAGAUUCGAGACAUGAAGUCUUCCAAGUUCUCAGAAAAAGAUGAACCCCGGCUUGAAAAUAUUCAUGAAAACCUUCAGCAAAUCGCAGAAAACAUCGAGUCCAAAGACUCGAUCGAUUUUAAUACAGAUUCGGAUGAACUAGUCGGUGCAGACCUCUUUGGCUACUCUAAUCCAAAGAAAAAUGCCUCGGAAGACAGCCUUGAGGAACCAGCUUUUAAAAGACCAGACUUGCGCUCCUUGACCAAAUGUGACUCUCCUAUUGACACUUCUGCGAGAGCGAGCCCACAGCUUGCUGGCGUGGAUAUGUCGUCUAUGAAUCCAGCCAUCACUUUCAGAGAAAGAAAACUUUACACCAGCAGAUACUACUUUGGUGAUGAUAUUGAAACGAGAAGAUCAAACGAACUCUACAUUCAACUUCAUAGAACGAGACACCUCGUUGGAAAGAGUUUACACUACAUUUGCCAGUUUAUGCAAACUCACCUUAAGGACAACACGAAGUUGUUCAGACAUCUUCUAUAUGUUCUCAAUAUUUGGUUUGCUGAUGUUGGUCGCGAGAGGGUACUAGACCACAGCCAUGCAAAGAUUUCCUUGGCAUAUGUCAGCGAACUCCAAAAGAUUAAUCGUGUUCGAAAACCCUUCACUAGAUUGUCGUUGGGCGCAAGAAUUGAAUCGUAUCACCUGUUGAGGGUCGCUUUACAUGCAACUUCUAGAAGCAUCACGGAUCUUGACAAGGUUCUUCUUGAGGAUAUUGUGAAGUUGUCUUGCUCCACGUACAUUGCUAUAGCAAACCCUGCUCAAUCCACGCUUAUGGAUGCAAUGAAACGGGUCAAUGGCUCCUACAAUGUGAUUAUUCGAUCUUCGUUGCGCCUCAUCUCUAGGGCAAUUGAAGAAAAUAACCACAAAGCUAUAGAGAGUGGAUUAAGCAUAUUCGAGUUGAAAAGAAUCAGAACCAGGAUACAAAGCGAUUAUCUCAACUUACAAAAGUUCAUUGAAACUCUUCACCAGUGUUUCGAUGUAGAUAACAAUGAUGUGAACGAUCUUGCUCAGAGGCUUUUCAAAAAUUUGACUGGGGGUGCUAUUGCGCCGCCAAGCAGCGUUUGCUUAAUUGAUCAGGAUUUGGUUGAUUCCAUAAGACCACCCGAUGAAUUUAUUGAUUUAGAAAUUAAGGCUGUUAUCCUCGCCAAGGAAAAGAAGAGAAAGUUGUACCUUGAAAAAUUGUCGAAAAUUGAAGAUGCCGUGGUUGUUCAUGAGAAACAUAACUCCCAUUGGAAGACAAGUGCGUUGAAUCUUUUGUUUCUCACGGAUUUGCAAAGUGAGUAUGAGAUGAUGAAUAACAACGAUGUUUUCCAGCUACUCACUAAAGCUGCGUCGACUGACCACCCUGUCAUUUCGAGAUUAGCACUCAAAGGUAUCACGAGGCUCCUUGGAAAAUUAUAUAUGCUAAGUGCUGUGGGCUAUGAUCUUUCCAAUGCUUAUGAUCUUGAGUUUGUGAUGAAGGAUUUUGUUGUCGUUGACACGAGUCCUAGAAACGGAGUUUCCUACUAUGAAACGUGGAAAAAGGAAAUGGCCAACCUUGAUCAUCCAAGUUACUUCAUUGAUAACAAAGCUAACUCUGGCUGGCUAUUUUGGGGCAAUAACAUGAUCGCAACAACCAACAAGCCUUGUUACGAUUUGAAUUUGAGGGACUCAGACGUAGCAAUCAUCAGAGGCUUUUCUUCGUGUGUAACGAAAGAAUGGUUCACUAAUAUAGUCAACUUAUGGGUUGCGGAUAAUGAUUCCAACUCCGCUUUUCAAGGCACUGAUGUGUUCAUAACCACAGGCCUUGUGAUGUUGAUUUCUGCUGGGUACAUCGUGGACUUCAAGUUUCAAGAUUUGCUUGAUAUAAUCUCCAAUGUUUAUGAGAAAAACGAGAAAAGCUCGCAUAUUGUGGUUUGUGAAUUAAUAUCAGGCAUUCUUCUUGGAUCUAAGUACUUUAAUCCUUCGUUGAUUGCUUCCAGAGAUUCUUUUUUGAUUCCCUUCUUGAGGGGUAUUCUUGAGAAAGAUUUGACAUCUGAAACGAAGAACGUGUGGAAUAUCUUUUUCUGGUGGGUUCCUGCUCAUAUCGAUUGCAGAAGAUUUCCUGCCAUUACAGAGACGUUGCUCAAAUUUCAAAUCUCAAAAUCUUCGGACUUGGCUAUCAAUGAGUCAACCAGAUUAAACUAUAUCAAGUCCUUCAUUGCAUCCGUCACAUGGGCAUUCCCAUUCACAGAUGAAGUUUUGCAGUUAUGUUUCGAAAACAUAGACGAUCGUCAUCAAGCUAUACGAGAGCAGAUUGGAUCUUUGAUAGCUAUUGCAUGUUUCUCUCUCUAUGAGGAAUCAUUUGCUUCAUGUGAGGACUUUUUGGAAGCUUGCAAUAGAGAAGGUUUUCUCAUGUACAAGCAAAACAAGUCCGAAGCGUUUUUUAGUCGAAUUCCUCUCCUUUUUGAAACUAUUGAAACAUGGAGGAAGGAGGUUCAGGACAAAACUGCUCAGGAAAUUUUAGAUUCUAGAUACAUUCAUGCAGCAACCACAGUGUUGUUUUGGUUGAAGCAGACAUUGAAUACAAGUGUGUCUGUCCAGUAUCAGGAUCUUGUGGAUACAUAUAUUGUGCCAUUCCUCCUCAAUUUAACGAGCUUGAAGGAUGUCUGUCAACUUGGAAACAUAGAACCAUUGAGUGCAUUCAAAAAAGUAUCUCAGAUCCCUUUCGACACAACGAAUCUUGAUCGAAUCGUAAUAAUGCUUGAGAAGUACAGUAAAGAAAAUUUGAAUGUUGUGCAGUCGUUUAUCCUUGGGGAAUUUACGGAGACAGUCUACUUUAAAAACUUAUUCAAGUUGAGCCAUGAUCAGAGAUUGCGUAUAUUGAAACUAACCAACUCAUUGAUGUAUCACAAAAAUUUGGAGAUCCGGGAGGCUGAAGCUGUGACGUUUUCUGGGCUUGUCCACAUGUCUCCUCCUACGAAGAUUGAAGCCAUCGUUGAUGCUUAUAAGAAACAAUAUUCCAAUGACCUAGACAAAAUCAGAAAGAAAUAUGCAAAAAUUGGCUUCAAGAACAUAUCUACCGCCGAUACAAUCACCCUCCAUGGAGCCACACUCGGUUUGGGGGCACUAGUCCACGCUUUUUCGUUCAUGUCACCACCUCCAAUAUGGAUCCCGGAGAUUUUGGCCAUCUUAUCAAAUAAAGCCUCGGGUAUUCCAGGCAUUGUUGGAAGAACUGCCAAGGAAACCCUAGGGAAAUUCAAGAAAACGAGACAAGAUUCCUGGCAUGUGGACAGAGAAGUCUUUAAUGAAUCGCAGAUGCAAGAUCUAGAAGGUGUGUUGUGGAAGAGUUACUUUAUUUGA